CAGCCUUUCAUCCUAUUCGGUUUCAUAACAAAUCCGGCAGAUUUAUGCUCUCGAAGCAUUGCACAAGUCCAUCAAUACGAUUAGUUACAUUCGCUGGAAACUACCGAAAAUUCAAGUGAUUUUGCACAAACCACGGCGGUGUAGCAACGUAAGUUGCUGCUUCAGGAGGCAUGAGUUCCAACUUUGUGAAACUCGCCGGGAGGAGAUAUAUCUCGAUUUUAAACCGAGUCUGGUCGGGAACGUCCGGUGCGAUUAAGAAUUCGGAGGAUACUCUGCGGAAAACAUUACAAAACAAAUUUCCUCUAGCAAAACAAGUGCACGUGAAUGACAUCUCCGGAGGAUGUGGAUCAAUGUAUGAAAUUUAUGUGGAAUCAGUGGAAUUUAAAGGGCUGUCGACAAUAAAACAGCACCGUCUGAUAACCGAAACGCUCAAAAGCGAAAUAAAAGAUAUGCACGGACUUAGAAUAAAUACGGCGAUACCUAGUGAAUAAAAAUAAUUAGCUUAAAGUAGCUUACCCUUAAAA